UUUCUUUAUUUUUUUUGUUGAGUGCCAUCGGUGAGGGGAUGACACGCAGGGAUCAUGCCGAUGUGUCUAACCAGCUGUAUGCAAACUAUGCUAUCGGGAAGGACGUGCAGGCCAUGAAAGCUGUGGUUGGAGAAGAAGCACUUUCUUCCGAGGAUCUGCUAUACUUGGAGUUCUUGAAUAAAAUUGAAAGGAAAUUCGUUACCCAAGGAGCGUAUGACACCCGCAACAUCUUUCAGUCACUGGAUUUGGCAUGGACGCUGCUCCGCAUAUUCCCUCGUGAACUUCUCCACCGUAUACCAGCAAAAACCCUUGACCUGUUCUACAGUAGAGAUGCAGGUAACUGAAGGAGGCAAAACUGAUGCCCUUCGAUUGCCUCCUCCUCGUACCUGCCAUUAGAAGUUGUGUAUCCUCCGUUUCCUUUGUGCGCUCGAAUAAUAAUCGUUGAGUUUCGAUCAGGUUUCCCUUGAAAGC